AUGCCAUUCGUAAAGGACUUCAAACCUGUUGCCUUGGGUGACACCAAUUUGUUCAAACCAAUCAAAGUUGGUAAUAUGGAAUUGAAACAUCGUAUUGUCAUGCCUCCUUUGACUAGAAUGAGAGCUUCUUAUCCAGGCAAUGUCCCAACUGAUCUAAUGGUAGAGUAUUACGACCAACGUUCUAGAAGAGAAGGAACUUUUAUCGUCGCUGAAGGUGUCUUCCCUUCUGCCCAAUCUGGAGGUUACGAUAACGCUCCUGGUGCUUGGUCAAAAGAACAACUUGAUCAAUGGAAGAAGAUUUUCGACGUUGUUCAUAAAAACAAAUCUUUCAUGUUCCCUCAAGUAUGGGUAUUGGGUAGAUUGGGUUUCCCAGACUCUUUGGCUAGAGACGGUUUGAGAUACGACUCUGCCAGUGAUGAUGUAUACCUUGAUGAAGAAUAUGAAACUAAGGCUAAGUCCAGUGGUAACAGACAACACGGUAUCACUAAAAGUGAAAUCCAACAAUAUAUCAAAGAUUAUGUCCAAGGUUCUAAAAAUUUGGUUGAAGCAGGCGCCGAUGGUGUUGAAAUCCAUUCUGCUAACGGUUACUUAUUAAACCAAUUCUUAGAUCCAGUGUCAAACAAGAGAACUGAUGAAUAUGGUGGUUCCAUUGAAAACAGAGCUAGAUUCACUUUGGAAGUCGUCGAUGCUUUGAUCGAAGCUGUCGGCCCUGAAAGAGUAGGUAUCAGAUUAUCUCCAUACGGUAAAUACGGUACUAUGUCAGGUGACAGAGAUCCAACUUUAUUAGCCACUUAUGCCUAUGUCGCUGGUGAAAUAGAGAAAAGAGCUAAAAAUGGUAAAAGAAUUGCUUAUAUUCAUUUGAUGGAACCUCGUGUAGCCAAUGGUAGUUUUGAUGAAAGUUUAGAAGAAUUCACUGAUAAUACAAAUGAAUUCAUCUACUCUAUCUGGAAAGGCCCAGUUAUCAGAUCCGGUACUUUGGUCAUGAGCCCAUUGCACGCCAAGGCUAUUGCCAACUCUAACAAUAGAACUUUGUUAGCCCAUGGUAGAUAUUUUAUUGCAAACCCAGAUUUAGUUACUCGUAUUGAAAAAGGUCUACCAAUAAACAAAUAUGAUAGAUCCACAUUCUAUGCUCCAAGUUCUGAAGGUUACACAGAUUACCCAACAUAUGAAGAAGCUUUAAAAUUAGGUUGGGAUAAAGAAUAG